UGGACGUCCGGCCCCACCAUGGACCACCAGGAGCCCUACUCGGUGCAGGCCACUGCUGCCAUCGCGUCGGUUAUCACCUUUCUCAUCCUUUUCACCAUUUUCGGCAAUGCGCUGGUCAUUCUGGCUGUGUUGACCAGCCGCUCACUCCGUGCACCACAAAACCUGUUCCUGGUGUCACUGGCAGCCGCCGACAUCCUUGUGGCCACUCUCAUCAUCCCUUUCUCUCUGGCCAACGAGCUGCUGGGCUACUGGUACUUCUGGCGCACAUGGUGUGAGGUCUACCUGGCGCUAGACGUGCUCUUCUGUACCUCCUCCAUCGUGCACCUGUGCGCCAUCAGCCUGGACCGAUACUGGGCAGUGAGCCGAGCAUUGGAGUACAACUCCAAGCGCACCCCGCGCCGCAUCAAAUGCAUCAUCCUCACUGUGUGGCUCAUUGCAGCUGUCAUUUCUCUACCACCCCUCGUCUACAAGGGCGACCAGCGCCCAGAGCCCCACGGGCUCCCCCAGUGUGAGCUCAACCAAGAGGCUUGGUACAUCUUGGCUUCCAGCUUCGGAUCUUUCUUUGCUCCCUGCCUCAUCAUGAUCCUUGUCUACCUGCGAAUCUACGUAAUUGCCAAACGCAGCCACUGCAGAGGUUCCAGGGCCAAGAGGGCCUCCGGGGACGGCGAGUCUAAGAAGCCCCGUACUGUCGCUGGGAGAGCUCCAACGUCAGCUAAAGUACCCACCCUGGCCUCCCCUCUAUCUUCUGUGGGAGAGGCCAACGGGCACCCUAAACCUCCAAGUGAGAAGGAGGAAGGGGAGACCCCUGAAGAUGCCGAGUCCAGGGCUUUGCCACCCAGCUGGUCGGCCCUUCCCAGAUCAGGCCAGAGCCAGAAGAAGGACAUUAAUGGGGCAACUGCAGAGGGAGCAGAAGAGGAGGAUGAAGAAGGUGUGGAAGAACACGAACCCCAAACAUUGCCAGCGUCUCCUGGCUCGGGAUGCAGCCCACCAUUGCAGCAGCCCCAGGCUUCCCAGGUGCUGGCCACACUUCGAGGCCAGGUGCUUCUGAGCAGAAAUGUGGGUGCUGCCAGUGGGCAAUGGUGGCGCCGACGGACACAGCUGAGCCGAGAGAGGAGGUUCACCUUUGUGCUGGCAGUCGUCAUUGGCGUUUUUGUGGUCUGCUGGUUUCCUUUCUUCUUCAGCUACAGUCUGGGGGCCAUCUGCCCACAGCACUGCAAAGUACCACAUGGCAUCUUCCAGUUCUUCUUCUGGAUUGGCUACUGCAACAGCUCUUUGAACCCCGUUAUCUACACCAUCUUCAACCAGGACUUCCGCCGUGCCUUUCGAAGGAUCCUUUGCAGGCAAUGGACCCAGACUGCCUGGUGAGCCUGCCUGCUCGCUGCCCGUGCCUGGGUUGGUACCAAGACCACCCUCAUAGUCUACGUGGCCAUUUCUCUGGAGGCCCACUUGCAGACCUCAUCCUCAGAAUCCCCCAUGAAGGGGUAAGGACAAAAAUGAUGUUCCCAGGGGCCCAUUUGAAACAUUCCCUUGCUGACUGUACUGUGGGGUAGCUUUUCCCUACUCUCUCCUGAGCAAGGGUAACUUGGACCUCCCCCCAAAUGUGGCCAAGGACAGACUGGAUUAAAAUACCUCCCUCCAGGCCACCUGUAAGCCAACAGGCAGGCUUCCCAUUCCUGGAGACCCCCUGUGCCUUGGCAGGCCACUCACUCGUGGUGUUUUUGUUUUUCUUGUUUGUUUGUUUGUUUGUUUGUUUGCUUGAGACAGGGUCUCAUGUAGCCCAGAUCAGCCUCAGACUUGUAAUGCAGCUGAGGAUGAUCUUGAAAUGCUGGUACUCCUGCCGUAACCUCCCCAGGGCAAGGAUCACAGGCGUUCACCACCAUGGCUGGUUAAUGUGAUACCGGGGAAUGAGUUCUGGCCUUCAAGCAUGCUAGGCAAGCAUUCAGCCAACUGAGUUACA